UCACCUUUUAACUUGAUAUGGCAAAUGGGUUAGUAAACAAUUGCUUAUUUACACAUCCAGACAUUACAGAGCAACAUUAGCGGAUGGAGACGUUUUCCUAGCUACCUGGAGAAUUUCAGCCCAGAAUUCCUCAGAAUUACUCUCUUUUAGCUCUGUUUUUGGUCUUGAUUAACUCCUGAGAGAAACAUCUGGCUCUUUAGCUGCUGCAUGCUCCACUGUGGUCUCCAGCUGGUCACCUACUGUGACUGCCUGCUGUUUGGAUGUGAGCAGGUAGUGUUCAGUGGGUGCUUUGUGUCUGGAAAUAACCCUAUGAAAGCAGUGAGAAUGAGCUGAAACAAGUAGCAGGCUAGACAGCUAAACAAUGAGUUAACGUUCACUGUAAGGCUCUGCUGGUUCACAUUGUCAUAUUGUUUUGACAUUGCCAUUACAAAAAGAGGACAUCUUUCUCCUUUUGUCAUUGAAAGGUUUUUUCAUUUGAUCAACAUAACAGAUUUUGAUUUUUUAGAAACAUCAGGUAAACAUAAUUUAGCUGAUAUUUAAUUCAACUCUGACUUUAUAAUACUUUUUUUUUCACAUUUGUCACAUUUUCUGGACUAAAGUGGAUUACAAUCUUCCAUCUUCACUGUGAUUUGUGGUCAGACGCUCGUCUGAUCUCGGAGAUGUAGUCUGACUUUAAUUGCAGCAUUUCUUUCUUUCCAGCCUUCUUUCACGUCUUCCUGCAGUUUUUUUCUCCCUCUUCUCAUAGAAGAAAAACACAGAAAAACAAGCGCGAGUUGUCUUUCUAAUCUUUCCUCGAGCUUCUCAACAUGUAACAGAUUACUCUUCCCGUUCAGCUCCUCCUGCAGUCCUUUCCUUUCUCUCGUGUGUGUGUGUGUGUGAGUGAGUGUGUUUUUGGGUUGGAGGAGGGGUUUGAUUUGCGGUGCAGUCAGACGAGGGAGGUCGUCUUUCAGACCAGAUAUGGAGGCUCCGCUGUUGAAAGAAAAACUCUCCUAACACUUGGAAACUUUACAUAGUGUGCUUCUGACCAAAGAGGACAUCAUCUGGACGGAGAUUUACACUUUCAACCUUUAUGCUUUAGUUUUUGUUUUGUCUCUUUGCAUGGUUUCAAGGAGGCUCUACCUGUGAAUCAAGAGGAUUGCAUCUUUUGGCUAAAAAGGACAAUAGCCAGUGGAUUACACCAUCUAGAUCUGCUGAGGAGCCCAGGACCAAAAAGAAGAGGUCCGAGUAGUGAUGUCAUCAUGUGCAUUAAAAUUUUCAGCAAGAAGGCUUCAUGGAGAGGACAAACAGCACAACAAUUCAACAAACCACACUGACUGCUGUGUUAAAGAAUCCUGCUCUCACUCAUCACAACAACUGUCACUUUUUUGGGCAGUAGCAACCCUUUGAUUUGUUGACUCCGCCUUCUACAUGGAACCGCUGUGAACCAAUCAGAACCCCCACUCCCGGCUAGCCAUGGACUGCACGGCGGCUAUUUUGAAAGCAUGCGCCCGCUCCAGGUCCAAGUGGUGUCGACACGAUCGGUCCUCCAUCCGACCGUGGAGAUCAGCGGAUGGCUGCUGUUGCGUCGGAGAUGUCGUGGCGGCGGGCGUCGUCAGCCAUGCGUCCUCCCUCCUACAGCGCUUGUUGUUUUACGUCUGCUGUUGUCUGUCGCACGAACAGAGCUCAGAGCUGCGUCAGGAAUGGGUGGAUCGUUCUGUAGGAGGAAGAGGAAGAAGCGAGGACGAAGGUGAAGAUGAGGAAUUAGGGCCACCUCCGUCAGUCGACGAGGCGGCAGACGCUCUGAUAACCAGACUAGGCUUCCUGCUUGGGGAAAAGAUCAUCAGUGGCGAACCAGGGUCCCAUGGCCAGGAUGAUGGACAGAGGAUCUCUCCGUCCUCCAGUCUGGCCAGUAGCAGCACCUCCCCCUGCUCCACACUGCAGCCUCCUGCUGGAGGAGAGAGCAAUAGCAGCAACAAGCUUGCCCCCUCCAACCAUGCCUCCGUCACCUCCCCCACCUCAACACUGGAGAGCAGAGACAGCGGCAUCAUAGCCACGUUGACCAGCUAUUCUGCUGAGUCAGCAGCAGAGAGGGAUGACAGCACCAAGUACCACGGUGAUGGCUACCAUGGCAGCAGCCUGAACCUCUGGCAGCAGGUGGGCCGCCCAGUGGUGGCCUCCACUUCCUCUUCCUGUAUGGCAGUGGCGGGAAGAGCGAAUGACGACUUCCUGUACAGAGCCGAGAACAACAUGGCCGCCUCUACUUACAGCCUCAACAAACUGCAUCCAGACCGAGGCCCUGGCCCCUCCCACUCACCAGGCUCCACCCAUUCCAUCCCUCUCUACCUCAUGCCCCGCCCUAAUUCAGUGGCUGCCACUAGUUCUGCCCAUCUUGAGGAUCUAGCCUAUCUGGAUGAGCAGCAGAGACACAUCCCUUCAAGGGCAUCCCUCAGAAUGCCAAGACAGAAUUCUGGGAGUAGUCGCAGUCAACAGGACCACAGAGUUUGUUUCAGUCCCUCUCUCAACCUGAAGCCCCUCCACUUUGAGAUUCCUGGCCUCUCCUCUGAUUGGCUGUUCACUGGCAGGGAGUGGCUCUUCCAGGAGGUGGACUCUUGUCUUCGCGGUGGCGACCCAUCAACCAGUCAGGGCGUGGUCAUCGUUGGCAGCAUGGGCUUUGGCAAAACGGCAAUCAUCGCUCGUCUGGUGGCGCUCAGUUGUCAUGGAAACAGGAUGUGGUCAACUGCAGGCAGCAACCAAACCACAUUUAAAAAUGUAGAAGCUGUUUCUUUCUCCCAUGAUUCCCUGGGAAGAGGAGGAGGGGGAGAUGAAGGAGGAGGAGGAAGCUGUCCUGGGACUCCAGAGAUGAGGAGGAGGCAAGAGGAGGCGCUGAGGAGGCUUGCAGGACAGGUAGUCUCAUAUCAUUUCUGCCAAGCUGAUAACUGUCACACCUGUCUGGUUCCGGAGUUUGUCCACAAUAUGGCGGCGAUGUUAAGCGACGCCCCUCAGCUGUUGGCGUAUCGGGAGCUGCUGCACCGGUCACCACAGCUACAGAGCAUGCUUAGUCUGCGCUCGUGCAUCCAGGAUCCCAGCUCUGCCCUCCAGAGAGGAAUACUCGAACCAUUGGACGCUCUCUGCAGAGAGAGGCAGUUGCAGGUAGAUGGGGCGGGGCUUAUUAUACUGAUCGAUGGGCUGAACGAGGCAGAGUUCCACCGGCCGGACUACGGUGACACACUGACUUCCUUCCUGUCCCGAAACAUCCAAAAAUUUCCUUCCUGGUUGAAGGUCAUUACCACAGUCAGGACCAGUCAGGAGGACAUCACGGGUUCUCUGCCUUUCCAUCACAUCUCUCUGGACAGGAUGGAAGAAAACAAUGCCAUAGACCAGGACCUGCAGGGUUACCUGAUGCAGCGGAUCCACAGUAGUGCAGAGAUCCAGAGCAAUGUAUCGCUGAGCAAUGGCCGCCUUGACAACACAGCGCUGGCCAAGCUGAUCAGCCACCUGAAGAGUCUGAGUAAAGGAUCGUACCUGUACCUGAAACUGACCCUGGACCUGAUCGAGGGAGGAUACCUGGUUCUAAAGAGCUCGAGCUUCAAGGUGGUUCCUGUGAGUCUCGCAGAGGUGUACCUGCUGCAGCUCAACAUGCGCUUUCCGACCCAGUCGUCUUUUCAGAGAGUUCUGCCACUGCUUAACGUUACUGUGGCAUCUCUGCACCCGCUGACCGACCAGCAGCUGUUUGAGGUGGUCAAUGCAGGUGCUAUGAGUGGAGGAACGCUGCACUGGGUGGAGUUUGCGCACCGUCUGGAGCAGCUCUCACCUUUCCUGAUGCGGCGGAACGACGGCAGCAGGAUGCUAAACCAUGCCUCCUUCAGGGAGUGGCUGAUGUGGAGAGAGGAGGGUCAGGAUGACAGGUUCCUCUGCGACCCCAGGAGCGGUCACACUCUCCUGGCCUUCUGUCUCUGCAGACAAGAAGGAAAGUUGAAUCGACAGCAGACACUAGAGCUCGGACAUCACAUCUUGAAAGCACACAUCUACAAGGGUCUGAGUAAGAAGCUAGGGGUUUCCUCCUCAGUUCUGCAGGGGCUGUGGCUGUCUUACAGCACAGAGAGCCUGAGCCCUGCUCUCUCAUCGCUGCGCAACCUCUACACACCAAACAUCAAGGUGAGCAGGUUGCUGAUUAUGGCUGGGGCUGAUGUGAAUUUCCGCAGUGAUGUCCUCAGCAAUGCCCCCCUGCUGUGUGUCCACGCUCACCUGGGCCACAGAGACGUCGUGGGACUGCUGCUCGACCAUGGAGCUCAGGUGGAUGCUCAGUCACAUGAUGGUUUGACUGCAAUGGGAUUCGCUGCUGCAGCUGGACAUCUGGACAUUGUCACCAUGCUGUGUCAGCAUACAGCUAAGGCAGGUCACGUGGACAGCUCAGGUCGAUGUGUGUUGGUUCACGCGGCUCAGCGAGGCCACAUCGAAGUGCUGUGCUUCCUGCUAAAGCAUGCCGACUGGAGCUGCACUUCCUGCUGCGGCCAGAGGGGGGCGAGCAGGUGCCAGGCAGUGCAGCAGGCUUUAAUUGCAGCGGCCAGCAUGGGCCACACCGAGAUGGUGUCGUACCUCCUGGAUCUUCCAGAGGAGGAUGAGGAGGCUGAAGAGAGACCUGAGAUGAACACGGCUGACAGUCUGUGGGGAGAGACAGCUCUGACAGCAGCAGCAGGCAGUGGCCGGUUGGCUGUGUGCAGACUGUUGUUGGAUCAGGGGGCUGCUGUUGAGCAAGGCAACAGACGGGGUGUGGCCCCACUAUUCAGCGCUGUGAGACGAGACCACUGGCAGGUGGUGGAGUUGUUACUGAACCACGGGGUGGACGUGAACAUGAUCGACCAGCAAGGUCGAACAGCUCUUAUGACAGCAGCCUCAGAGGGACAUAUAACCACUGCCCAGCUGCUACUGGAUCACGGAGCCUCUCUUGAUCAGACUGACAGGGAAGGGUUAACGGCGCUGAGCUGGGCAUGUCUGAAAGGCAAGCUCCAAUUGGUCAGAGAGCUGGUGGAGAGAGGUGCAGCAACAAUUCAUGCUGACCGCAGUGGACGGACACCUUUGGAUUUGGCUGCCUUCUGCGGUGACCCAGAAGUGGUGCAGUACUUGGUAGAUCACGGUGCGUCAGUGGAGCAUGUGGAUUGCAGUGGGAUGCGUCCUCUGGACCGAGCAGUCGGCUGCAGAAACACCUCAGCAGUCAUCGCUCUGCUCAAAAAGGGAGCCAAAAUAGGACCAGCAACCUGGGCCAUGGCAACCUCUAAACCAGACAUCUUAAUGGUUCUGCUUAGUAAACUGAUGCAAGAGGGAGACAGACUGUACAAGCAAGGUAAAGCAAGGGAAGCUGCUCAUUCCUAUCAGUCAGCUCUCCAGAAGUUUCCAGGGGAUGAGCUGAAGACCUUCAGACAGCUGAGAGUGUGUGUGCUGCUCAACCUCUCACGCUGCCACCGCAAGAUGAAUGACUUUGACCUUGCUGAAGAGUUUGCCACCAAGGCGCUGGAGCUGAAAGCUAAAUCCUAUGAAGCCUUUUAUGCCCGAGCUCGUGCCAAACGCAGCCGCAGACAGUUCCAUGCGGCCCUGGAGGACCUGAUUGAGGCCAGCCGCCUGUGCCCAUCCAACCGGGAGAUUCAACGCUUGCUGUCCCGAGUCAAAGAGGAAUGUUGGCAGGAUAGACAACAGCAACAACCUACCCCUCCUUCAUCCCAUCAUGUUUAUCAUGCUGCUGUCAGUGAGCCCAGGAGCAGAGAUUCUGGUUGUCUGCAGGUGCAGGACAGGGAAGGGCUUACAGAGGAAGAGGAGGAGGAGGAGGAGGAGGAGGAGGAGAAUUACAAAGAACGAAGAGUUCUUCCUCACUCCUCGUCCUACCACCCUCCGUCUGUGGCUCAAAGUCUUGACACCCACAGCCACCCUGGGGUGCCAUCACCUUCCUCUGUCUCCCCAACUCACCAGUAUCGUCACCUCCCCGGCUCCACCCACUCUCCCUCCUCUUCUUCUCCCUGUCAAUCUGCGUCUCCUCCUCCAUCCUCCUCCUAUUGUCAUUUCAGCCCACCUACCUCCCCAAUGCAGCAUCAGCAGCAAGCCAGCCCAAUGUCAGAAGGUAUGCCUGCCUUGUCAGGAAGUGGAGGUCUACACCACCAUCCACAGUCCAUCUCAGCCCACUCAGACCAGAGCCAGGGAGUGCAGCAGUACCACCAUCUGUCCAAUCAGAGAUCCUUCCAGAAGCAGAACCCUGUCCAAGGCCAGUGGCUCCAACCUGCCAAAGUCCAGGUUGUCAGAACCAGUCAGCCCAGUUCCUCGGCCCACUCCAGCAUGAUUUUGGGAAGUUCUGCCUACUCCCAGUUUGGCCAACUACCCCAAGAACUAGCUGAGCUGGGGGAAGGCAUUUACCCAAGUCCCCUAGAUAUCAGGCCUGGUCUGCAGGUCCAGACUGGUCUGAGCUCUGGAACCUCAUACCCAACAAACGAUGUGGAUGUUGACUACAUUUGCCAGGCACGACCUACAUUUGCCUAUGGGAGAGAAGGAGGAGGGGAGAGGGCAGCGAUAAAUCGGUUUGGCCAGGCCCGUCAGUUAAACCGCAACCAAUCCAAAGCAGCCUAUUACCCUCUGGAAGUUACUGAGGCAUCAAUGGGGCCUCCUGAUAGCUUUUCAUUAUCACACCAAUAUCACCACCAGACUGGACUACGACGGCCACUCAGUGCCCACCCAACCUCUUCCUCAGCUCCUCCCCCGAGGCCUCUUAUCCACUCUCAGAGCAUCAACGUUCGUUUCUCCGCCAGUAGCAGCAGCCUCACUGGUGGGCAGCCUGUUAAUCAUAGCCCGGGUUUCAGGACGUCUGCCUCCGCCCAGCAGAUGGAUCUACCGUCAGAUCUGGCUUCUGUUGGAGAGGUUACUGGCUACCAUGAUGAUCUAUUUCUGAUUUCCUCUCCCCAGUCUGAAAUGUGCAUGGUGGCAGGUGGAACUUAUCCUGGAGAGGCAGGCCGUUCAUCUAGAAACACUCCUUUUAUGGGAGUUAUUGACCGAACUGCAAGGGUGCACCAGCAGUAUCAACAACAAGGUCCUUCCAGUUCUUCAUCCUGUCUUAGCCCGUCCCGCUCCUGGGCUGUGUCUUCAGUGGAUACGGUUGUCACCUCACCCAGCAAAAGUCCCACCAGUCAAGGUCAGCUCCAGCCGUCCUCCAUUGCCUACCACAACCGUAGCAACAACAAUGCCCACAACGGUCACCUACUCCAUGAUUGCUAUGAGGUUCUGCCGGGCAACUGUUCUCAGAGUGAAGGCUCAGGGCAGGUUGCCAGUCAGAAUCCCUCCUACCGGGAUGUGAAGUUGGCUCGAACGCUGCCGGUGAUCCAUGGCUGCUCAGACAGACCGAGUGAUAAACAGGCAGGCCCUACGUCCCCUGUCAAACCAAAAAGACCCUUUGUAGAGUCCAACGUAUAAAGAAGCGCUUAAAUGUUAAUUCUGAUAUAAAGGAGGAAAAAGAACAUAUAUGCACUAUAUUCCAAGAUUCACUGGGGCUAUGAAAUUAUAAAGGCCUAGUUAUGCUUGAAACGAACUACUUUUUGGGCGUGUAGUUCAUACAGUGUUCUGAGGUGCAAUACGCAAUAAUCAUUCCAGUGUGGACAACAGCAUACACUUUCAGUCUCUCUUCAAAAGUAUUCAUAGAGCAUGAAUACAAGAGUGCAAGGGAGCUUGAGAGACAAGUUACUGCCUACAUUUUCACUUGUGCGCAACUGGACGAGCGCUGUGUGAAAUCAGGGUGGGAAAGAUAAGCAUUUCAUUUGAAGCAGACUGACUCCUUUAUUGUUAUUGUGACAGGGGAAAGUAGAAAUCAUACGUACAAGUUUGAUGUCGAAAUUAUUGCCAGUUACUGGUCAGGUCUGUCAAUUAACCUGCCAGAGAUGAAGACAAUAAGCAAGGACAAAGGACAGAAGGAGGGACAAGAGUGCUUUAACAUGAGACAGCUCCUGUCAUUAUAAAGCACAAGAAGAAAAAGAUUUGAGGAAAAUCAGAAAAAUAUUUCCCUUACUCUCUGUCCAUUUCAGCAGUGGUUUACAGUACAUUUCAAAAGCGAAGUCUCUCUGAAUACCUACAAUGCAUUACUCAAGAGUACUCUAGGUGGUGCCAUUGAGUCAACCUAGAGUGACACAGAAACACCACUAUCAUCUUUGUCUGCUGCUGAUGCCUUUAGUGAAGAUUUUCAUUUCAGGUGCUGAAAUGAUACAACGACUGGAAACCUGAAACUUGUGCCAGUCAGAUGCUGGUCAGCGACCCAAUCCUAAGCCAUAGUUUGUGAAACUAGGAUAAUGCUGUCAUUGAAUAAGCUCUGACUUGCUGUUUAUAAAGUAAGAAUAAGCGAUAUUUAACUUUAUUAAGUUAUAUCUGUAUUAAACUGUAUAAAUAUUGUUUCUCUUAAAACUGUAUAUUCUUUUUGGAUAUGUCUUGAUAUGUUUAUUUUUUUGUUUUUUUGGGUUUUUUUUGGUAAUUGUUAUUUAGUUUUUUGGGGGUUUUUUUUCCACACAGAUUGGCAAAAUGGCAAAAUGGAAACCAUCUUUCCAGAUAAGUUGAAGUUCAGCUUUGCUCCUUGUGUAUGGUGGCAUUGAUCUGCAGCAACCGGGCUGCCUUUAAGAUGUUUUUUUUUUCUGUUUUCUUCAGGCAGUUUUUUUUUCUAUUAAGGUGUUUUGUAUUAUGUAGUCAUAAAGAUCUUAAUUUAUGCAAAUCUAAAGGAUCCCAACUGAUUUUCUAUGGUUCUUUAUAUUAUCAUAGAAACAGUGCUUUCAUGUCCCAUGAGCUGGUAAAUGGCUCCUUCUGCUGUCAGUAAAUUAAUUAAAGCCAACUGAUAUUCACUAAGCCCCUGGACCAAAAAAAGGAACUCUAAGCAAAGCAAAUCUAAUUAUAGCUCAGCAACUGUAACAAUGCAGAACAUGACUAAUCAACUUCUGGAUUUUUGUUUAUUGUAUUAUUGUUAUUGUUCUUUCUAGCCUUUCCAAAACCAAAAACACAAGCAAAUGCAAGGAAUAGAUUGAACAGUAUUUACCUGUGAGCUGCAUCAUUAGCAUGCCCGGCUAACUAGCUUGCUAUCUGCAGUAGGGUUGAGUGUUACUUCUGCGGUCAAGGAGCACCUGUCAUACCUGAAAUGCUAGAACUAAUUAGCUCUACACUACAUACAAGAAAAAUGCUGUUUCUUUGUAUAUGCUUUCUAGUAUUACGGGAUGCAAAAUGUUUGCCUUAUUUUAGCACAAUAUCUUGGAUGUAGCCAGCCACUAGCUAGGAAGUUACAGCUGAUAAAAUCAGCCAGCAGAAGUUCUCAUUUCAGAUGGAAAAAUCAACGACUGAUAGAUAGAAAUAAGUUUAUCUCAGUCUAAAAUCGAGGACCAAUUAUUCCACAAGUUACUAAAAACAUUAAAUGGCAAAUCUGACGGGCCUCGUCUAUUAACUAAAUAUCUGCUGUGUUGGAAUGGCAUGCGCGACAGGCUUAGCGACACUAAGAGAAGGCGGUUAGCUAAGCAAAGCUUUCAUUUUUUAAAAUGUAUGCUUAUGAAUGCCUGUUUUUUUUUGUACAUUUCUUUUUAUGUUUCUAAUGAAUCAGCAGCUUACUCUCAGAGUUGCUGAUGGACCUUCUGACCUCUCUGUCACGGUACAGCCUCUGUGACCACUGCCCUUAUUUCUUACUGCUCAGGAGUUUCUAGCUGUGAGAGGAUUUGGUAAUACUUAACCACAAGCCGUUUUCACGGUCGAACUGCUGCGUAUGACGUGUCAUUCGGGCCAGCUACAAUGAAGAAGUACUUUAUUAGCAAGUUGAUUGGAUGUUCAAGAGUAGUUUGAAAUGAUUAAAAUACUAAAGUGUGGAAAGCGUGGCUUGUCAUAGUGCAUCAGUGUUGGUUUAAAUCCUUGGGCAGGAUGACAGAUGUGAUGUCUGUCAAUAAAACAAUGUAUUGUAUAUGUAGGAUGUAACCCCCCCAACCUGCUAAGGGGGCGCCAAGCCCAGAGUCUGGUACACUACAGGUAACUGAGCAUUAUUUCCACCUGUCUGUUGCAACAGAUGUUGAGUGUGUGUUUCCUGUUAGUGGGUUUAUUGUGGGCUUUUCACCGUGUGUAACAUAGGUUAAUAUUUAAAACCCAAGAUGGUUAUAACAAUAUGAGCAUCAUUAUUAAACACUUAAAACAACAUGAAUGUGUCAUCUCAUGUGGAGUUCCUGACUGCCAAAUGAGCAUUACAAAGAGGAAUAAAGCUGAAAGAAAGACAAA